AUGGAGCGACGUAAACGCGAAUUUGUGUUGGGCCAAUUUAACGAGAAACGCGGUUCGAUACAAGCUUUGGCGGCUUUGGUGACACGCGCACGAGAGCAAUACGAAGCCGCGACGAGGGAGUGCACUGUAGCAGUAGAUUAUGGAACAGGAGUGAUAUCCUCAUACUCUUUUCGAGAAAAAUAUCCGCCUACUUUCCCACUUAAAUUCUAGCGGGAAAAGGGAUUCGUACUCAGGAAAGCAGCUGCUUUCCUCCUACGUCCAUCUCGAGUAUGAGUACUAAACUACUUUUUCCUGUCAUAUAGAUGAGGAUGGACGUGGGGCUGAGGAGCUUUUGUCCGAUUUAAACGCAGAAGUAGCAAGUCUCAACACGCGAACAUUGCCAGAAUUAAUGCAAAAAAAGACAGGCUUGGAAAAUGAGGUAAUGGACCGUGUUUGAUAUGGAUACGAAUUAUUUGAAUGUUUAGGUACUAAUUCCGUCCACUCUCUGGACUCGAAUUUUUUGUACUUCCAUGAUCUAUCUUGUUCUGGUUCUACCGAGAAGGACGUGUCGUCGACAAGAAUUAUAGGAAGACUGCCUGUAGUACCCCAUAAGUAUUUGAAGAAUAUCCAGGAGUACUCUCCUGAGAUAACUUACACUGACAUGAUUCUUUCCACAGGAAAACUCCCUGAAUUCCGAGUCCGCUAGUGCGCAGAAUAAAGUGAAAGCUCUACGAGACCAGAUGGGCGAAAUUGUUGCCGCCGGAGACCUCCUGAAAAGCCGUAAUGAAAGACGUGAAGAUAUCUGGCAGAAAGAGGUGAGGACGUUCCUCUUUUCACAAGGUAGUGGGACUGGAGCAAGUGGGGGCAGCACUACAUUAUGGUCAUCUUCUCUCCAUCUUUCUCAGCAUCUCGAUACCCUUGCUUUCCCUUGUCUUCUUUUCACGGGAGAGAAAGGGGUCGCGAUGACGGGACCAAGAUGAAUCAAAGCCGACGCUAACUACUGCUACUGGCUGUUCGUCAGCUCUCUCAGGGGUUUGGCAAUCUAUUAUUGCAGAAGAACUAGACCCUCAACAUCGUGCUUUAUUACAAAGGCAAGAAUAUGCAAUGACAGCAGAAGGAGGAUCUGCUGCGUCUGGAGGGUCUAAGAAAAAGACAAACAAUCCAUCUUCUGAGGCAUUAUCCUUAGUAGCUCUACAACAGCAUGAUGCAAAAAUAGGUCAAGCUUUGCAGCAAGUGGCUUUAAAACAAGGGAUGAGGGUACAGCAGCUGCAGAGAAAGCAGAAUGCUGAGCAGCAAGCUUUGCGUGACAAACUUAUGGGUCCCGUGUUCAACCUGUCGGUUAAACCGUCAAUCCAUUUUUUUGGAAUUUUCUUCUUGGAACUAGCUAACAGCUAAAAGGGUUUAAUCUAAACGAGAUGGCUAAACCAUCUCGCAGGCGAUUCCUGCUCGGAACAAGCUAGAUUCAGAAGAUGUUUUAACACUUAUUAAGUAGGCUGUUGGUGUUGUUGUUGUUGUUACCUCUAAUAAACAACAGAACCUUGGAAAACAAGCGCAAGAAGCAAGGGUGACGUGCGAAACUGCUAAAGCGCGGGAAAGGGAACUGAGGAAUCGAAAAACUCAAUUACAAACGGAAUUAAAUGUUACGGCAUGUGAUGAUGUUAGUCGGUUCGGAAUUGUCCUACGACUUCCCUGAAUCUCUUCUGAGUUUUACGGAUUUCCCUGAUGUUGAAACUGUUGCGUUGAAAAAGUUGACUAUGUGGAUGCGGCGCUUCUACUUGCUCGCUAUUGUAUUUAAAAGGAAUGGCAAUGCAUUUCGCGUUUUCUGUGGCAUUUCGUUCUGGCGUCGCAUUUCCCUUGAUUGCUCUUUUCUAACCUGUGUUACGGCAAGUUCCAGCGUGAGUAUGAGCAAGUGAAAGAGGAGCUGGGGCGAACGCAGCAAAUGACUCAGUCAGCGGUUCAGGAAACGCAGAGUCGCAAGGUCGACUUGGAGAAGGAGGUGACGAAUUUGCGCAAACAAAAACACGAACUCCAAUUUCAAUUUCAAGAGCAACAGGACAAAAUCCAGUCAUUGGAAAUGAUGGCGAAGCAGAUGGUGGAAGUAGGCAUUUACCGUCAAAGCUGCACUGACAAUUAUGGUCGUCAAAGCUUUUAUCUUUAUCAUUUAUUCAUUCCUCUCAAUUAUAUCUCUUCGAAGAUAUUUAGUACCCUUUUGUUCCCAGAGAAGAACACAAGGGAAAAGGUACCAAGAGGGUGGAUCUCGAAGGAUUCAAGCACACUCUAAGACAAGAAGCGAGAAUUGUCGGAACGAGAGGCAGAGUUGAAGAAUUUGUUGCUGUUGGAAGGAGAAGGAGGACUGAUGAGUCUUUCUGCUCGUAGUGGUGCUACAUCAUUGAUUUUUGGUCCUACGCAAAGGCAACAGCUAGCGGAUAUGAUCGGGAAGCCAGGCAGUGGAGCGGAUAGUGUAGUUGCGGAGGCGCGUAACUUGGAGAAUUCCGUUUCAGUGGCAAUUACACAGAACAAGGAGGAGUUGACGAAGAUUUAUGGUUUGUUUUACAUGCGAGGAAAUCCGUGACAAGUACCCAUUUACAUUUUUUUUCUCUCCACCAAUCCACAUCCAUCCUGGACACAAAGUAGUCUAUGGAUGUGGACUAUGGAUGCGGAGCACGACUACUUCUAUCUUCUAAUUGCCGCAACAAGAGCAGUCUCAAAUUGCUGCUGCAAACGAAUUUGGCGCUAAGGAGCUUGCCUCUAUCACCAAGCAGGUCGCAAAGAUGACAAACACACUAGAAACGCAUUGUGGUGAUUCCACUGCAACUUUGGAACAGAAGCUGGAGGAAAAGCGCACCCAGCAUGAACAGCAUCAAGCUGCCAUGCAUAUUUUAUCCAAUGGCGAUAUGCUGUGGCGCCAAUUGGAGGAAAAAAGCUUGAAAAUUAAGGCUCAAUUUCUACUUACAGUUAUAGUUCAUUUCUACAAGAAGUCACUUCUCACUGUUUUCUCUUUUACAGGAAGGUGAGAAAAUAGAGGCGGACCCUUGGCGCAGUCUUUGUCAGAAUAAGACUCUUCAUCCUUGACAUUACACUUAGUUUCUUGAUAUUCUCAGGUCUACUUGCUUAUUUUGAGCUCUAAGAGAAAGGGUUGUUGCGAAUUGUGCACCAAGAGAUUUGAGAAUGACGCAGAACGGAAAGCGAUGUCAGCACAGGUGGAAAAGUUGAGAAGUCGAAUUAGUCGGCAAAAGGCGGGACAGAACGACAGUAUUUCUGGGGGAGGACAGCCAGGAUCCGGAACUGCGACCAUUAAGGGUUUCCGAAUUGCAUUCCCCACUGCCAUCCCUGACUCCUUUCCUUGGAGAAAAGAGGGCAGGAAUUAUGUGCUGAAGAGUGUAAAAAUUCUUUCCGUAACCUCUAAGACUAGGAUGGAAACAAAGGGAAGGCAAUUGAUGCAGGAGAUAUCGGAGUUGGAGAAUUGUAGAGGACUCUUUAGUCAGAGGCAAGAACUACGAAUGAGAGAAACGACGGAGAAAGAAGCAGAGGGGAUCCGUGCAGCGAGGACACAGGACUUGAAGUUAAGAAUUAUACUGGAAUUAUAGACCACAAGUCAACAGACAACUCUUUUUUUGUCUACGUCGGUCUACCUGGAGAUUAUAGUAGUGGAAUUGUUAUCUUCUCUAUCUCUCUGCGCAGUAGGGUUUUCGAUCCUCUAAGGUUGACAAGGAUUCUCCAAGUAUGUGGAAUUGUUGUCGAUAGCUUUUAACCACUUAUGCUCUGUACUUGUUGUAGUUCUCAUGGUCCUCACGAUCCUCAUGAUCCUUUUCCUCAUGGUCCUUUUCCUCAUGGUCCUUUUCAAUCUCCUCUACAUUCUCUAAUCCCCUCCCGCAUCAGCGAGUUGCAACUUACCCUCCAGAAGCUCAGCAGUGAUUUAGAUGCUCUCCGAGGCAUUGUCACGAGUUGCGACGUCUGCAGACGUGUUGAGAACGAGCUCAAAGAUGCUGAACGACUAUUGCAAGACCGCGAAUUGUCCCUGGCCAGUUCGUCUUUCUCAGCAGCGGAAGGUGAGCCUGAUGCCGAAACUAGACUAGCGCAAGAGCGUGAGAAGCAGAGCAUGCUGUUCGAAAAGUCGAACACUUUGGAGCGCACCCUGGAUCAAAAACAGCAACAAUUGGCGCAAGCGCAGGAGGAGGAAAGCCGAAGGCGACAGAGAGUGGCGGAUAUGCAAAGUCGCUUUAACCUGUUGCAGGAAAAAAUGACCAGAAAAGACGACUUGACACGACAGAUCACGCAAACAGAGGCCGAAUUGGCUAAUGCGCAGAAACAAGCAGCCGAACUGGCGACAACAGCUGAGGAUUAUGAUCAAGUAGGUUCACAUUGAUUGCUAUUUCUUUUUGUCGGAAGACUUACUUACUCACAUCGCGCAGUAGAUGUAAAUUGUUCUUAGACAAGAAGCAUCUUCCUUACUAGUGUUUCCAAUUCCAACAACUUGAACUUCCGCGAUUAAUGAGCCUUCUUCUAAUACCAGCUCGAGAAGUCCCUUGCCGCACAAGAGGUAGCUCUUAGGGCAACCGAGGCGAAGGAUCGGGACCUAAUCGCCACUAUGGAGCGACAACAGACCGACUUGCAGAACCGGAUCGAGCGGUUGCGUGAGAUUUGUGUUGAUAUCGAAAAACUCGAAACACAAGUACGCAGUGCUGAGGGCACGCGUGGGGAACUGCAAAAAUACGAGAAGAAGGCUAACGACCUUGUUAAGGCGUCCAGAAAUCAAUCUUGUUUCAGAGCAUCUUGGAGAAUAGUUUUUAGUAUGGCGUCCCAAUGAGGAAAGGUUUUUUUUUGUCCUGAAUAGAGAAAGGUAUAGAUGGAUUUUUGGAAGCUCUAACCUCGUUCUCGCGAUACAACAAAACAAGAAGAACAAAGAUGCGAUUGUCCAAGAAGUCGAACACAUAAAGGGCAAAGUGGCCUUAUUGGAGCGCAAUGUGGCUGUUUAUAGGUGUAAAUGUGACUUGUUGAACACAGAACAGAAGCUGCGUACUGCAGAUGACGUUGCGGAAUUACGACGAGUCUACAUCCGGGCUUGGGCAAUUAGUCGUGGCGAAAUAGGUGGAGGGGGCGCCACCGGAAGUACACCUGGGGCCAGCGCGGAUGAAGGAGCGACUCCAGGGGGUGGACUAUUGAGUGGUGGCUUCACUCCGGGUGCUACGCCAGGUGUUACUCCCAGAGAACAAGGUGGCUUAAACGCGUUUAGUGCUGCUGCUACGCCUAGGAACAUGAUCCCCUUCCCCGAACCGACUCCUCAAGAGUUAAACAAUCCUCCUUCGGACGCGCAACUGAUGCCCCCAGAAAUCGCGCAUCUAUUCGCGGUGCAUGAACGAUCCCUAGGAGCAGGAGCUAAUAAUAACAACAACAACGUUCUCCAACAACCUCGAAGCCCUCUUAUGCAGCAGCUGAAUGAAGCCGAAAAUUUACUUCUGCGGAAAUUUCAAGACCGGGAGACGAAACUAAAAGAGGAUAGGGGAAAAAUUCAGGGAUCCCUGUUUCAGAUCGGACAGUCUCUGGACUUGUCCCAGAAAGAGGAAGCCUCCACUCUGUACCAGAACAUUGAUGAACGCUAUCGACAGUCGAUUUAAGGCUGAAAAUAAGAACCUGCAUCCUCCCUUGUUAAAUUCCGUGAAAAUUAUACUGAAGAGCAGGUAAACCGUAUUUUCACGAGAUGACUUCAUGGGACAGGCUAGUUCUAAUCGACUGUGAAAGAGCAAUCGGCGAAAACCGGUGCUGACGACUUGAACAAAAUCAUGAAAAGCUUAGACGCGGCGCUGAUGAGAUUUCUUAUGGUUGUGGAUGUGCCUGUUCCAGGUUGUAAAAAAAACAAAAAAAAUGAUUUGUGAUUCCAGUGAUUGAGGUCUUUGUGAUUAUAGUGAAGGGAAACUGCUCUAAUCCUUAUCAAGAAAAGAUGGAGGAGAUAAAUUUUUCGAUGAGGAGUCUGUGGCAAGAAAUUUACAAGGGGAAGGACAUUGAGUACGUACAGAUACGCAGCGAUGUCGAAAAUGAAAACGGAGAGGGGGAGGUAUUUCUUCUUACGACUGAGGACUUGCAAGUUAUGAUGAUAUGCUUGGAAUGAACUGCUUUUGAUUUUUUAUCCUGUACAUUGGCGAAGAGCAUGGGUUAUGCACACUAGUAUCAGUCUACAGGAGCACUCGCGACAAAAAAUUUUGCUUUUCAUCAUCUUAUUUGCCUCACUUUGCAUCAACGUGCCCUCUCCCGUCCAACACCUUCAGGCUCCGGCCCCCACCACACGUCGUGCUGGUGCCAGAAGUUACAACUACAGGGUUGUGAUGGUUCUAGCAAACGGCACAGAGCUGGAUAUGAGAGGUCGAUGCUCGGCAGGCCAAAAAGUUUUGGCGUCGCUGAUUACAAGAUUGGCGCUGGCAGAUAGUUUUGGUUGCCAAUGUGGGGUAUUGGCUCUGGACGAACCUACCACGAAUUUGGAUUUAUGUUGACAGUUUUAGUCAAAUUUCAGUCACAGAGUUAGAUGUAUAGCUUUUUCAUCCUCGGAGUUGAGCCAUGUCACCGGAAGGCGCUCGAUGUGAAGGAUCCAUGACCUAACCUAACCACCUAUCGCGCAUUGCAAUUCUACUUUUUACGUGUACAGCGAUGUCAGAAAAAAGUUACUCUAUCCUCGUCGAAUGCAGCCUCAGCACGCAAUGAAUAUGUCCAGUAUAGUACUUAAUAGUCACCGCAAUGAUUGAUAAAUCACAUGCGCAUCAGCUUAUUUUGCAGCUUCCUUUGUUCUCUCCUGCCAAUCGGACCUCCCUCUUUCAUCGCUGCAGAAGAACAUCAACGCUUUGGCCGAAGCCCUCGCGGACUUGAUAGAGCACAGGAGACAACAUCUAGGGUUUCAGCUGAUGAUUAUUACUCAUGAUGUGCAGUUCGUCCAGAUGCUGUCGAAGAAGCAGUUCUGCGAACGCUAUUGGCGCAUCAGUAAGGAUCCACACAACGGCACCAGUUUGAUAACGCAGCAUAAGAUGACUGAGUUGGAUCAGAAGUGAGCUAACAGUCAUGAGUAACUUCUUGAUGUGGAAGAUUCACAGUCUUCAUUCUGAUGCAACAAAAACUGAUCAAACUUGCACAUUUUCUUUUUCUUGCGCAAAGUUAGACUUCGUGCAGUACUGUAUGCAGAUAGACCCACAAGAAACCGGAUAAGCUUUUCGACACUGAAGUCUUCUCCCCCAUCAUUUACUACAUGCAUGAACUCCCCUUUCAAGAACAUUUCGAAAAAAGACCCCCUUCUCUGUCGAUCUGACUCAGGAUUCCAUGGCUUGAUAUUACCUAGCCACGCCGCAUGACUGCAACAUUGGGAAUAGCUACAACAACGUCAAAGCUUCGUACAACUAUCUACCUAAUGCGG